GCGUCUCAGCAUCCUGGGCUGCAUCAUCAGUCUACUUGAGCUCCUUUGAUCUGUUUCUGUUUCUGUUCAUAAUAUGAAGUAUAAACUAAAUAUAAAACCGUCACAGCGUCAGUAUGUCAGUCAGCCUCAAGUUUUCAACUAUAAUGUGAAGAGGUCCAGUUGGAGAAAAAUUCUAGAAGGUCAGAAAGGUCCAGAAGAUCAUAAUGUGACUACUUAGUGUGAUUAAAUAGAUUCGAGACUUGUAUCAACAUUUGCAUGUAAUCAACACACCACUAAUAAAUAAAUUGGAUUCAGUAAUGUAACAAAGAACUGAACCUAUAUGUGUGACUGCAAAUAUAAAAAAAUGUUCUCUUAAUUAACUGAAUAAAAGUAAGGCCUGAUAAAAAAAUUAAAAAAAUUAAAUGUGAAAAUGUCUUCAAAUAAAGUGCUUCAAUUCAGAAAAAAAUGAAAUAACAGGAAGAAAAGCUUGAACUUCCCAUUUUCUGCUUCACACUUGGACUUCACAGUCUGAGCAAGUUAUAAAUAAUAAAUCUAAACACAUUUUAACAAUUCUGGUCUUAAUGCAUCAGGUUCUCCUCCUCAUGAUCUCAUUGAGCCUCAUGAUGACGUUUCAACGGGUUCUGAGCUCAUGAGACUCUGGUUCAGUGCUGCAGUGGGACGUACGAGCAGAAACCAGUCCGUCCAUUAUGGAUGAAAUGCUCUACUUUAGCUGUCCAUUUCUUCCUCAUUUUUCUCACGUCUUUCUCUCACUUUCUCCGUCUCACUCGUCUUUUUCUCACAUUUCGCUCUUUCUUUUCUUCCUACAGUCUUUUUAUUUGUAAUUUGUCGCUGCCGCUCUCGUCUGUCUGCAGUAUUGAGACGACGUCAUCGUGCUGCCUGGAAUGCAAAGACUCGAUUGGUCGAGUAGUAUCACGUGGGAUGUUUAACUCGAUGCUAUUGGUCGGUGCUUUAGGUCACGACCGUAAAGACGCCCAAAGCUGCUCCGGUGGAAAAGUGCGCUGUCACGUUCAAAUCACAACCGUGUUUUUAGCUUUUGUUCCGGAUGGGACGGCUUCUGGGUCCGGAUCCGGACCGCAGUCCACCAGUCCGUGACCUCUGAUCUAGAGUGUGAAAGUUAAGUCAUUAAAAUGACUUUUCACUAAUAACUACAGACUGUAACAGCCAGACUGGGUCUGUAGGUCACAUGUUGUUUUCUGUUGUGUUUCAGUCACUCACCUUUGCCUCUCGUUUCAGACUCCUCCUCCCUGUGUGCCGCCGCCCUCUGUGAUUGCAAGCCCCGCCCUUAUUGUUUCCACCUGUGUCUCGUUCUCCUGUGUAUUUACUCUGUGCAACAGCUUGUUCUGUGCAGUUCGUCUCUUUGUUCCCAAUGAGCUUACCCGCGAUUCUGCUGAGUGUGCCUUCCCGUGUUUUGACCCAUUUCCGUCCCUCCGUUAACCUUUGCCUGCCGAUUUGGAUUGAUCCACCUUCUCCGUCUGACUACCCGUGUACCGAACCCCUGCCUGAAGUGUUCAACGAUCCCAUCCACGGCCACAUGGAGAUGCACCCUCUGCUCAUCAGAAUCAUCGACACGCCUCAGUUCCAGAGGCUCCGUCGCAUCAAGCAGCUCGGGGGGGCCUACUUUGUUUUCCCCGGAGCGUCCCACAACCGCUUCGAACACUCCCUCGGGGUGGCGCAUCUGGCAGGAAAACUGGUCCGAGCUCUGGACCAGAGGCAGGGAGACCUCCACAUCGACGACAGAGACGUCCUCUGUGUGCAGAUCGCCGGGCUCUGCCACGACCUCGGACACGGGCCCUUCUCCCACAUGUUUGACGGAAAGUUCAUCCCCAAAGCGCGCCCAGGUUUCACCUGGAAGCAUGAGAAGGCCUCCGUGGAGAUGUUUGACCACCUGGUGGCUGACAACGAUCUGCAGCCCGUGAUGAAGGAGCACGGCCUGAAGCUGCCAGAGGACCUGGACUUCAUCAAGGAACUGAUGGACCCGAAGGACCCGAUGUCGGCGUGGCCCUAUAGAGGCCGUCUAGAGAACAAGUCCUUCCUCUAUGAAAUCGUGUCCAACAAAAGAAACUGCAUCGAUGUGGACAAGUGGGACUACUUUGCCAGGGACUGCUACCACCUGGGCAUCAAGAACAACUUUGACCACGGCCGCUGCCUGAUGUUCGCCAGAGUGUGUGAGGUAGACGGGCAGAAGCAGAUCUGCUUCAGAGACAAGGAAGUGGAGGAUUUGUACGACAUGUUCUACACAAGGAUUUGUCUCCACCGGAGAGCCUACCAGCACAAAGCGGCCAACAUCGUGGAGACUAUGAUCACUGAGGCCUUUUGGAAAGCAGACGGGCACAUCGAGUUUGAAGGCUCUGGAGGGCAGAAGUUCAAGCUCUCCGAUACCAUCAAAGACAUGGAGGCCUACACCAAGGUGACCGAUGACGUCUUUGAAAAAAUACUCAACUCGUCCUCCGAUGAGCUGAAGGACUCGAGGGAGAUUCUUCAAGACGUCGUGUGUCGACGCAUCUACAAAUGCAUCGGCCAAGCCCAGCCGACCCAACCCACGACCGUCACUGUCAGUGUUAAAGCGAGCUGGGAAGCCGAUCUGGCUCGUCGGGACCCUCAGGACGUGGUUCUGAAUCCAGAGGACUUCAUCAUCGAUGUCAUCAACUUGGACUACGGGAUGAAGGAAGAGAACCCCAUCGACCGCGUGCGCUUCUACAGCAAGGACGACCCGGACAAAGGCUUCCAGAUCCCCCAGAACCAGGUGUUUGGCUUUCUCCCAGAGAAGUUCACCAAGGAGCUGAUCCGGGUCUACUGCAAGAAGCUUGACAGCGAGAGUCUGAAAGCGGCAAAGGACAACUUUAAACGGUGGUGCGAAGACCCUGACAACCGGAUGUUUCAGGAUGAAGCCCCCGAGGAGACUCCUGUGGAGUCCAGCGGGACGACAUGAAGGAAGUAAACUCAGUUGGUACUAAUGUAGACAAAUAUAAUCUAUAUUAUAAAUCUCUUUCUACGAGGUGUUGGUGAGCACAGCAAAGAUUAUAAUAUCUUUGCACCAAAAAGAGGGAUGCGGUACUCGGGGCCCUUUGCUUGUGUUUUUAAACUCUUUAUUAUAAUACUCACAAACAUUUAGUUUUAGUUUUACCCUUUUUAAUGUUGGUUUUAUUUGAUAUCAAGUGUAACAGAUCGUGCUCCCUUCUUCUGUCACAACCUUUAAAACAUAUAUUUAAAUGUAAGCUGCGAGCAGCGAUGGACGGGUCCUCGCUGCUCUGCACACGUCGGGAAUCUGGCCAGACGACUACAAACGGCCAAGAACGCCUGUGGUCGCCGGACAAAGCGACCGCGAGUCAGUAAUGGCAGCGAGCGCCCGCUGGGAAGGAAUCUUUGUCAAAUCUAUCGUUAACAUUAUCAAGUUCUUAAGUCUUUUCAUUCGAGAGGGAUCAGAUUAACCUGUGAGGAGCAGGCUGGAAAAUAAAAAACCUUUAACUAAGGUCAUAAAUGAUGUCUACAGGGUAAGGAGGUCAUGAUAAAUAAGGAAUAUGGAGCAGAUUAGUUAUUAGUAUCGUUGAAAUAAAACAACUUUCAUUUUU